CAGCGAACAACAAUUCAACACGACACCCGGUCCCACCAUAUCUUGCACUGCUCCUUUUGCAAAAAUGCCUAUUCUUUCCAUCAUCCGGCCCGCGAUUCCGCCUAGCAGCAAGGAUCACUUUCUUGCUGCUUGGCCUACCCUUCUCGCCGAGCUGCAAGCACAGCCUGGCAUUAUCCAUGCUACGGCCGGCGAAGUGGUCGCCGAGGAUGGUCAAAAGGUCGACGAGUUCGAAAUCAUUCAAUAUCUCGCUUUUGCCAGCGCCGAGGACGAAGAGGCAUUCACCAAGAGCACUUGGGCUCAGGAACACAAAGCUCGAUUUGAGAGUUCAGGGGCUCCCCAUCCAACUGUUGGGCGAUUCGAGUUCUCCGACCUCUCUGCUGGCUCAUCUCCCAAGCCAUUUCUCCAGCUGACUAGCAUCACCCUCUCCAGUGAGAGCCAGAGAGAUGAAGUGCGAGGGGCAUGGACUAAUCUAAUUACCAUCCUGGGCAAGGAAACUCGUGGUGGCAAGCUGCUGAGAGACGACGUUUUCAACGGCAUUGCUUUCCUGGGUUUGGAUAGCCUCGAGGAGGUAGAGAACGCCUACAAGGACCCCAAGGCUUCUGAGGCGCUGGCGUUGUACAAGAGUCUCGGGCAGGUCAAAAGCGUGCUUUUGAAGUUGCUGUAGGUUCAGGGUGGUAAAUCGACAAGUCUUCAUCUGGCAAUAGCAUCAGUGGACCAAAUGGUAUAUGAUAAUAUGCAUUAUCUUACAGCAGAGCAAGUAGGCAGAAAAAUGCCACUGGUGUAAUGUCUCGACACUCCUGUCGACUAAAAACCCUUGGAAUGUAUCAAGGUAAGCAUGGCACAUACUUUUAGGUGUAGCCUCAUGAUGCACAAUAGAGAUAUUAUGAACGCGUUUAUUGUCUACCAGA